CAGGUACUGCUCUCCAUUCAAUCCGGUGGGUUUCUUUGAUACCUGUAUUAUCCUCAUCGGCACUGGUGAGACUUUGUUCUCAGUUGUAUUGGCAAUCAUGUCACGGACUGAAGAAGGAGGUGAUGGUUCGUCGGUGCUGGCAAUUGCUGGUGUCAUGCGUAUCCUCCGCUUGCUGCGGCUUGCUAGGCUUCUGCGAGGAUUUUUGAUAUGCCACGAGUUGCGUCUCCUUGUGACAGGUAUGAUGCUGGCAUUGCCAACAGUAGUGUGGGCUGGAGUUCUCUUUGGCAUUGUGGUGUACCUUGGGACGAUGUUCAGUGUGAUCCUUCUUGGCAACAUGAAUGAGUUGCGCCAAUACUUUGGUACAUUUGGCCUUGCCCUUUGGAGUCACUUUGUGAUCGUGACAAUGGAGACCUGGCCAGAUGUUGCUGAUGCCGUACUGGAAGUUGCCAGUCCACUUUGGGGAGUGUACUUUGUGGUAUUUAUUUGUGUCUCCAGCAUGUCCUUAAUGAAUUUGGUGACUGGCGUGAUUGCGGAAAAGUUGCUGACAACUACUGACGAUCCAACUCCGGAAGUGCAAGUUGAUGAGCUUGAGGUCUUCCAGAAGGAGAAAGACGCUUUGAAAGCGGACCUGCAAGAGGUUUUGCAAGACGAAGAUCAAAUGGGUGGUGAUCAUUUCUUCUUCGUCUUGGAGUCACCAAAGAUAAGAGCCUGGCUCAACAAGCUUCAGGUAUCUGCUGAGCUGCCAACGAACGACCUCUUUGCCUUGCUUUGUUGUGAGAAGCGAGAAUGGUUGACUUUGGAUGAGCUGGUGGAUGGCAUUUUCUCACUGAGGGGAUCCAGCAUGCGAACCCACUCCCUCCUGUUGCAGCAGGACCUUAGGCGUUAUGGUCGGGAAGAGCUUGCAUCUCUGGAGGAACUGCAGCGUGAUGUGGAAGAAAAGACUGUGGAGCACCUGAACUCCUUGCAGCAGAAUCUUGAAGAGGUGGGGGUGGACAGCUUUGGUCUGGGUAUUCUCGUGGGCGUCUUCGGGUCCAUCUUCGUUGACAAUUUGCGUGGUGUGGACCUAGAGGGUGGGAACGCCUUGGCUUCUUCCGGCGGUUUUGUGAUGCCGAACUUUUUCUUCCAGGGAGCCAGGGAUAUCUUCAGUAACGUCCGUCAGGACGCCGCACAGUCCACACAAAGAUUCAAGGAGACAGGAAGAUUUGCUGAGAUCUAUGCCGGUAUAGAGCGAUCGCAGGAGAUGGCGAUGUUGCGAAGUAUCGAUGCACUUCGGGAGCAGGUGCCACCUGGUGCCACACGUGAAAUUCUUUUCAGCUUGUUGCGUCGUGCCGCCCUGUCGAGUUCGCAGUUGGGAAGUGCCUUGUACGACUUUGCACUGCGUUUGCAGGCCAAAGAGCCCGCCCGACAUCGCGAGGAUGUUGUGGAGAUCCUUGAUGAACUUUGGGCUUUGGAUGAGGGACGCUGUGCAGUCAGUGCCAGGCGUCCGGGAGAAGGUGGACGAAGACCCUGGCUGGAUGCGGAUGCUGAUAUUCUUUUGGAUGAGCAGGUCCCAGCGCUACGGACCACUCUGGCCGAGUGUGCCAAGAGGCCUCUCUUCGCUUUUGUGGCUCCAGAGAUCUUAGCUCGUCCAACUUUCCUGACUUUGGUCAGGAUCUUCGAUGUUUUUCAGCCUGCAGAAGCCAGUCAAGCAAAUGGCAGUACACCGGGUCCAUAUAGCCCGGUGGAGUUCAGUGCAAUCGAUGAAUUUCUGGAACAGGUGACGCGCACCUCAGUCAUGCGUCGCGCCUUUCGCCAUAUCACAAAGACUUUGCCAAUUGUUCUGACAAGACAAUGGAAGGAAGUCUUGUUCAAGCUGUGGUUUCAACGGCGCGAUGGCAAGCCUUGUGUCUUCGAGCAUGUGUUCUUGGGCAACUUGACGGAAGAUAUCUCCGGACAGCCCGUGGCCGGUGGGUUUCACUCGUGGCUCAAGUUUUACCUCGAAGAGGUCAGAGGCACAGCGAGAUAUCUGGGAUACAUCUACAACAACGCUGAAGCAGGUCUGGUGAACAGCAGGUAUGUGUCUGGGAAGUUCGUGUGGGACUAUGACGGUCACAAACUUGUGAAGGACCAAGGCGGCUUUUUCAUAGGAACCUCGCCCGAGUGGCAACUGGCAGUUGGGACUGUGGCAUAUUUUGAAACCUCCACACCCGGUAUGGCGAGGCAGAAUGGUUGGAUCCCCUGGAGCGGUGCUUACGAUGAAGGUUACACCAAGGAGACCACCAUGCAUGGUCAGCGCUACAGACAUGUGCUGUGUCGAAGUGGCCAUUCCAAUAAUCUGCAAGAUGUCAAAGACGUCUUAGUCGAAGACAGCGGACGUUUGGUGACUUCCUAUGCGAUUUAUCUGGGCCCAGAAGUACAGAAGGAUACUUUGGGACUCGAUCAGAUUUGCACCAGUGCGGAGCUGGCGCAACAGUUGCCCCGCUGGGUGGUGGAAGAUGGCAUCGCGGCGUAUGAGGAAGGUCAGCUGUGCCAGGAAUGUGUUCGCUUCUGCGUGGCACGUGGCUGCCGUUCCGUCUCAGAAGCCCUGGUGGCCCUGCGGGAGGCCUUGGUCUUUGACUUGGAGGAUGCCGUGGCGGCAGCCAAAGAGGGCUAUCCGCGCAUCCUCGCCUUGGUGCAGGAUACCCUGGAGGUAAUUCCAGUUCUCCUGCGCCACGCAGACAACUUGAGUCGCUGGGCUUUGGGCGGGGAGAAAGAGAUCUUGGUGACCCUGAAGUUCUUUGAAAAGAUAGAGUUGAGAAGUCACCACCUGCCAAGUCUGUUGGAAGAGUUGCGCGCACAGGGCCGACGAGGGCCACGCCUCCAUCAGCCGAUCCGUUUGCUGCUCACGGGCCGUGCGGAUGGCGCACCCAUCAGCGAUUUGGUGCAGCUACUGGAGCUGGCGCAAUGGGAAGGUGGAGAUGCAGCCGGGGUCCGAUUGAACGAUCGGAUUGCGUUGGUUCGUCAGAUAUUUUCCGAGCCACCUUUCGAAGCGCCGUCUCGAUCCGGAUCCGGCGGCCAAGCAACCUUUGGCAUCUUUGGCCUGCGCAGCACUUUCACACAAUUUCGCAGCAAUUGCUGCACCCCUCGUGUUGAGUCCAUCUUCGACGGUAUCGAAGAGGCUCGACGCCAACAAGAUGAAGCAGAACGGAACAUGAAACUGGCUCAACGGGAGCUGAUUCGCGGGAAGGGAACAGUCGACAUGUUGGAACAGUAUGGAACAGAGGCAAGAGAAGCUCAUCAGGAGAAGGACAAAGCCCUUCGGCAGCGCGAUGCAGCAGAGGAAGCUCGUCGUGGGGCGGAGGCGCAACGCGAUGAAGCUUACCGAGCCAAAGAAGCAGCAGAGGCCUCUGAGGCAUAUGCCAAAGAGCAAGCUGAAGUCUUCCAACAGGCUCGGUUAAAAGCAGAGGCAAGGCAGAGAAAGGCUGAGGAACAGGUUCGAAAGAAGCAGAAGAAGAUUCAGAGCCUUCAAAGAAUGCUGGCAGAGAUUGGUGCUGAGAGCGAUAGUGACGCACCACCCGAUGAGAGGGCUCCAGCGUUCUUUGUGAAUGAAGAUGGAACAAAGGUGCCAAGGCCCAGGACACGGAAAGAGCGCAUGGGCAUGGCUUAUCGGGAAGCAGAGUCUGCUCGCUACGAGUUGCGUAUCGGCAUGGUGCUGGCCUUUAUCGGGAAGCGACAAGUCUUUUACGGUCGUGGCUUCGCAGUACUUGGCUGCGCAAGCUAUGGUUGGAGCCUUGGAUCAGCCUGGGUCAAUCUGGUGUUGCUUGCACUGCUUGCGUUGAGCAGUGGACUGAAGCUUUCUGACAAGCAGGAGUUUGACUACGAUCAUCUACAGAGCAGUAUUGUGCGCAUCCAAACGGUCGGUGCCAGCUUCGACUGGUUUCGUCCCUUCAACCCGCAGGAUGGACAAGUGAGUCUGGGAAGCGGCUUCAUUGUCCAAACGGAACCUUACAUCCUCAUUGCAACGAACCAGCAUGUGAUUAACGAUGCACUGCGCGUGCAAGUCCAGCUUUUGCUGCAUAGUCAGAUGAAGUGGGAUGUGCAGAUCGUUUCCGCUUGCCCCAAGUUUGACCUGGCCCUACUCACCUUGAAGGAUGACCAGGGCUUCAAGGCGACUCUGCGUAAGGCACAUCUGGAAGUCCAGCCUCUCAUCCUGUCGCAGCAUGUAGCAGAGAUGGGAGAAGAUGUGGUUGCCCUGGGCUUUCCACUGGGUCAGAACUCAUUGAAGAUUUCGAAAGGCAAUGUAGCUGGCAACGAGAUCGUGAGCAACAAUCUCUGUAUUCAGUCCACUGCACCCAUCUCUCCGGGCAACAGUGGUGGACCCUUGUUGGACACCGCGGGAAAGGAGGUCCUCGGUGUGAAUUUUGCUGGAGCAACUCGAGGCGAGAAUAUCAACUACGUGAUCCCCGCUUUCAGAGUCCAGGCCCUUAUCAAUCUGCACUUGAAGGAGCAGCAAAGCCCCCCAUGGAUUCGUGGCGGUUUUAAGACCCCAGGGCAUGGCCUCGUCAUCAUCCAUCCUAACGAGGCUCUCUACAACUACUCAGAAGGAUGCAAGGAGGGUGUCUUCGUGGGAAGGGUUCAUGACGACGGCUUCAUGAGCAAGGCCAAACCAGCACUUCAGGAGGGCAGCAUGCUCCUUUCCGUGGCUGGUCGUCCACUGGAUCGUUUCAGCAAAGCGGACAUCAAGGAUCUGAUGCACGGCAAGGCUGCCUUAGAGGACCUGUUCUUCAUCCAAUCAGACCUGAAAUCCGAUGUGAGUUUUCAGUCUUGCCUCAAAGGCAAAAUCACCGAUCACAAGGUGAACACCAGCAAGACACCGGAUUUCGACCAGGGCAUCGUUUUUGUUGAUGAGCCCGUCACUGAUGGAUGGACCCAACAAUAUGAGAUUUUUGGUGAUGUUGGUGUCAUGGCCAUGACGCAGAAUCACGUGGCAGAGGCCUUCGCGCGCAGCGGUUCACCAAAGAUCACCCGCUGGUUGCUGCCGGAGAGGGCCAUAAAGCCCAGGCUGAUGUGCCUAGCGCGGAUGAUCGAUGCCAUUCUGGUGACUGGCCUCCCUGCCUCGGGGCGCUCCACCUUGCUGCUGCAGCUGCUGAAGGAUCCGGACCUGGCGGACGCGCGCUGUGCUGCCGGGUGUGCGUCCAUCGCCAUGCCAGAGCGUUUGGCUUGGCCAUGUGUUCACUACGCAGAGGUCUUCGACUUUGGAUCAGGCUGCUUGUGCUGCUCUCCCGAAGGAGAUUUGUCUCGCUUGCUGAACGACCUGUGCAGUCGGCAAGAUGAGUUGAAAUUGACCCAUCUGCUGAUAGAGACGACUGGGGUGGCUGAUCCCGCUCCCUUCAUUAAGCUUUUUGACAAUGACAAAUACCGCCGGCAGUUCACCCUGCGCUGUGUGCUCAAUGUGGUGGACUUACUACACGUUCAGAGCAUCCUGGACGAGAACAAGGAUACUGGUGAUCAAUCUGCAGGAUCGCGGGGCCGGGUUCAGCUUCGUUGCUCCGACAUCUUGAUCUUGAAUCAUGCGGAUGAGCUAUCAGAGUCAUCGGUCGAAGCAACCAAGAGGAUGUUGCUGUCUGCGACGGAGGAAGCGUCAGCCCCAGAAAUCCUGGGCCCCUGCAGCUUUUGCAGCUUGGGGAAGACGUUGCUGUCAUCGAUUGCAGCUGUGGGCAACAGAUCGGAAAGGCGUGUGGCUCCCACCACCUGUGAAGCUCUUCCCAGGCCGUCGAUGUUUCAGCUUCGCUUCGGCCCCGGUGUGCACGAUGCGGCCUGCUCCACCUGCUGCCUGGUGCGCCGCGGCGCGGCGUCUCUGGAGGCAGUGCUGGCCAUGCUGCAGCUGCUGCUGGACAGUGGAGAGGCCUAUCGCAUCCAGGGCUACCUGUCGUUCUUGCCACAAGACUUGGAGCCAGGACAUAGGCCCACCCUUGGCAGCGAUGUGUUUCCUCCUCCGCUGGAACGACUUUGGGCCAUGCCGAUGGUGGUGGUAGAAGGCUACUACCGGAGACCUUUGAAGCUUUCCCCUGUGCUGCGAGCCGGAGCUGAACCGGCUGCAUCUCGCCCAUGGCAGGAGACUGCCUUUGACUCUGCCGUAGCCGAUCGCGGAGGAUGUAAGAUCUUUCUAUGUGGACCGCGCUUGGAUGAGGCCCAGCUCAAAGUCCAGCUGAAGCAGUGUGUUGCGCCGUCCUUCGAGUUGAUUCUUGGGACGCAGCUGCGGUCCGAAAGUCAGGGCAGGAAGGGGGGGUGCCUCGUUUGUCGUUUUCUGGGACUUCAGAAACAUCAGUGCAGGAAGAUCGGGAAGGGAUGUUCAUGA